UCCGGUGUUCCUGUUCAAUUUCCGGAAGGACUGCAGUUUCCGUCAGGCCGUCGCACAUCCCGCAGCGGGGAGAGCGCGCGCGCUCUGCCAUGGCGUACAGCGCAAAAAUCGGUCCGUCUAUCCUGAACAGCGACCUGGCGUGUCUUGGCGCGGAGUGCGUCAGGAUGAUGGAGUGUGGCGCCGACUACCUUCACCUGGACGUCAUGGACGGCCACUUUGUUCCAAAUAUCACAUUUGGUCACCCGGUUGUGGAGUGUUUGAGGAAACAUCUGGGCCCGGAUCCCUUUUUCGAUAUGCACAUGAUGGUCUCCAAGCCGGAGCAGUGGGUUGAGCCCAUGGCUGCUGCUGGUGCUAAUCAAUAUACGUUCCAUCUGGAGGCUACCAACAACCCAGGAAACCUCAUCAAAGAGAUCCGGCAGAACUGCAUGAAGGUGGGCUUGGCCAUUAAGCCGUGGACCUCGGUUGAGGAGCUGGCUCCAUGGGCAGGACAGAUUGACAUGGCCUUGGUGAUGACGGUUGAGCCAGGCUUUGGGGGGCAAAAGUUCAUGGAGGACAUGAUGCCCAAGGUGAGCUGGUUACGAAGCCAGUUUCCUUCCCUAGAUAUUGAAGUUGAUGGAGGUGUGGGACCAGACACCAUCCACAAGUGUGCUGACGCUGGAGCAAAUAUGAUUGUCUCAGGUAGCGCCAUCAUGAAGAGCGAAGACCCACGCUCAGUCAUAGCGUUGCUGCGCAGUGUUUGUGCAGAGGCCAUUCAGAAGAGGUCGCUGGAUCGAUGAUCCUGGACCACAGAGACAGGAGCUGUUGCUCCACGUCGUAGUGACCUCUGACUUCUUUGGUCCAUCACUGGGUCAGCUGGUCUGCCCUCAUGCUUUUCUAGGCGGUCCAAGGCAGGCCAGUCUGUCCGGAAAUGUUUCACUUCAUACAUGGUAAAUGGUUUGAAGUAUGCUCUCCCCUGUUGGUUGAUAUAGUGGGUGUUCCAAACAUUCCUAAAGCCUGUUUGGUAAUGCAUAGGGAUGUUUUUUUUUUUUUUCCCCCUCUUCCCUCCUCCCUCCUUUCUCCUUCCUCUCCCCUUCAAUGUACUAACACAGAAGUAAUAAAGAAAAAGCUUCCUUUCAUAUUUUACCAGUUCCUCAGAAGUUUACACAGGUAUCCUUUUGAUUUACAGAAGUAGCAUGCUUGAGAAAAUAAGCAUAUCACAUUUUUUGAUGCCAAAAGCCUAUGUCCCAUUAUUUUAAAUGGGGGGCAGGGGGGACAAUGUGUCCUUUCAAUAUGCCUACUGAAAACCCCACACCACUUUCCUGAGGUAUUAUCAACAUGCUGUAAAACAUCUGUGCACUUACUACAGCAGGGUUUUUUCCAACUUCAUUACAAAAGGAAGUAUUUAAAACAUUCCAGGUAUCUCUUUGAAAACAUUAAAUGCCACAAACACUCCAAAAAUAAUUGCACUCAGUCUGAAACUGCUUGUGCCGAAUAGGGUCCCGGCAAACUG